UAGUGCUAGUGACUGUUUGGUAACAGUUAGCCUGAAUUAGCCUGAGUAGAUGAAGGGUUGUGUUGGGUGUGUGGGUGCGGGCACAGAGGGCUCUGGUUAUGGGUACACACUGUUGAGCCUUCUCUGUGUCGUGGGCCCAACUCAGCAAAACACCAGUUAGUGAAAGCGGGCCCACCUGAUGACCCUGUAGACUUGUCUUCACUCCUACACCCACACAUGCCUUGUGUUGGUGAUAACACAGCUACAGACUCACUGGAACUGCUAAUAGUCUCCUUUUGUUAGACAGUCUUGGUAGAACAGUGCCAGUGGUUGGACAACUGAGUGGACCCGGUGACUACAAAUACAAACCAGUUGGACCAGCUAAUACAUAACUUGAGUAAACACAAUGUAGAUGCUGUGUGUCACGUCCCAUGUGCUUUUUGCCUGGGUGGGGCUAGGGUUCAGGAAUGCUAUGAGGCUUAAUAAUGAGUUAACAUCAUUUAACUCAUGUACUGAGCUUCCAUAUGCAUGCUCUCCCGUUCUUUGGCACAUUUAAUUGUGUAUUAUUGACUGUGAGUGCACAGUAACACUGACAUGAGCAUUUUAACAUUUUGAUCAUCUUCUCCUGUCUGGAUUUUGGAAGUCAACAGUAAGAUGACAGUGGUCUUUUAAUCAGUGAUUUAAAUUUAAUUUUGAUAAAUGUAACUGACAGUUUCUUCCCCUUUAAGAAAACACACACAGCCUUAUUUCACCAUAUUUGUAAGCGACAACAUUGUAUAUGAACUUAGCUGUUUAUGUUUGCCUACUGCCCACUGUUUGCUCUGUUAGGGUACCUGACAGGCAGUGAGGAUUACUACACUCAUGUCUGCUGUACUUUCAUCACUGCUCUGAACCUCACUCGAUGUGCGUUGGACCUGCAAGAUGGAGAAGAAGUUAGCACUGUUUACAAUGGAGUUUAUUCCACUGAGCUGUUCAGCCAGAGAGCUGUCGGCGUCAUUGAAAAACACAAAUCUAAGAAGCCGCUCUUCCUCUAUGUGGCGCUGCAGGCAGUCCAUGACCCCCUGCAGGUGCCAGAACGCUACACGGCACCUUACAGUUUCAUCAAAGACCCUGACCGCAGGCUGUACGCAGGCAUGGUGUCGGCCAUGGACGAGGCUGUGGGCAACAUUACUCUGGCUCUGCAGCAGGAAGGGCUCUGGGACAACACGGUGCUUGUGUUCUCAACAGGUAUGUUUGUGUGUUCUCCUGUCCACACCGGUGGUAGCAACUGGCCACUGCGAGGGAGGAAGUGGUCCCUGUGGGAAGGGGGGGUCCGGGGAGUCGGAUUUGUCUCCAGCCCGCUGCUGAAACAGCCUGGGACUGUCAGCCAUGAACUAAUCCACAUCUCUGAUUGGUUGCCCACACUCGUUGCCCUGGCAGGAGGGAGCAUCAAUGGCACAAAACCACUGGAUGGCUUCAACAUGUGGGACACAAUCAGCAAAGGGUCGGCCUCACCGAGACUGGAGCUGCUACACAACAUCGACCCUCUGUACGUUGACGUUGCUCCAUGUCCUGGCAGGGAGCCUCAGUUUCCUCUGUCUCAGGUGGUCAACAGAGACUCCUGGGCUAACUCUGGCUUCAAUGUGUCCAUUCACGCAGCCAUUCGAUCCUCAAAUUGGAAGCUGCUGACUGGCUACCCAGGAUGUGAUGUUUGGUUCCCACGGCCCGGCCACAACAGCUCGGAGCCCGGUCACUCUGAGCGGGAACCACUGAAGCUUGUGAUGCUCUUCGACAUAGAAAAGGAUCCAGAGGAGAGAGUCGAAGUAUCAGCUCAGUUCCCAGAAGUAGUGCUCCAUUUCCUUAAGAGGCUCCACUACUUCCAGAAAAGUGCUUUACCAGUAAACUUCCCUGACGAUGACCCCAGAUGUGACCCGGGCUCCAGAGGAGCCUGGGGUCCCUGGGCUUAGGCAGAGAUGACAGAGAUAAAUGCUACGAAACAACUGCUCAUUCCAUCACAAUACAAUCUCUGUUUUUGUUUAACAGCUAAUGCAGACAGUCAGUGGGACAGUUGCUGUGGUGCCCUCAGAGGUUUAGUUCACACGAUUGCAUAAACUGAGUUACCUCCACAUGUUGCUGAUUUGUAAAGACUGUCUCCUGCUGUUCCAGGUCUUUGCGCUUCAUUUAUCUGCUGUUGGGAAGCCGCAGGCCCCUUAGCAGGCUCUAUUCAAAUAAACACAAAUAA